CUCGACCUCGCAACGUCGGAGUAGCCGACGGGCACUUUCGCUUUUCUCUGUCGAAGCGCAAUGAAGGCGCGCCGGGACCUUUACGCUUCUGCGCUGGCUUGUUGGGCGCUGGAGAUCUUAUGCCUGCAGGCUCAGGUGCCGCCUUACACCCCCACCCAGGAGUCUCGGUGCCUCAACCCUAGAGAAGAAUAUUACGAAGAAAACAUCCAGAAAUGUUGCAGUUUGUGCGCUCCAGGUUUCCGUGUACUUCAGAAGUGCAACAGCAGUGUCAACACGCAAUGCGUCCCCUGCGCGGAAGGCUUGUACAACACGGGCUGGAGUGGAGCCAGGAGGUGUUUUAGUUGUUCGCCACAAUGCAAACAAGAAUUCGUGGAAGAGAAAAAGUGCACCAACACCCAGAACCGAGUUUGCUGGUGUCCAUCGGGCCACUUCUGCAGCUUGCUGGUCUCCGAGAAAUGCUACCACUGCCAGCCCUACCGGAAUUGCACGAUGGGCUACGGAGUGCUCCGACAGGGCAGCAGAGAAACGGAUGUGGAAUGUGGCCCGUGCCAACCGGGCACCUUCUCCAAUCAAGAGUCUCACCAGAAUUUCUGCACCCCUCACCGGAUAUGUCAGUCCGCGCUCGUUCUUGGAAACAGCACCCACGACACAGUUUGUGGCAAUCCAGGUGGGCAGGUUGACAACUUUGCGACAACUUCUCCGCAACUCACAACUACUACGCUACCGUGGCAUGUUGGGACUGAGAGACCAACCUUCAACUGGCAGGAUCUAUCGGCACAGAUUGGGCGGAUUGUUGGCAUGACAACUAUUCCAGUGGUGCUAGCGGCCCUCAUUUGCUUCAUUGUUUUUAGAAAAAGUGGUCAAAAGUGUCCCCCCAUAUGGAAGGAGAAAAAACAGCCGUUCUCGCCUGCCGAAAAGUUCCCGGUGAAGUGGCCUCAGGAGCCCAUGGCUGUGGGGCAGGAGAAGGACAGUCUUUUGCGGCCGUCCCCCUCCAGCUUUUGGGACAGCCCAGCCGGGCCUGAGAAAACCGGCGAAACCAACAACGGAGACGCUCCCAAGGUGGAAAUGGAUGAUGUGCAACAGAGAUCAUUGAAUGACAGGACAUGCUACAGCGCAGCAGACUCAAGGAUUGUGGGAAACGGGAAAACCCACGUGAACGUGAGCUGCGUGGUCAGCAUUUGCAACGGAGGCCACUCUCCGGCGUUGAAGCCCUCGAGGGGGGCCGAAGCCGGACACCCCCCAGACACCCACCUCUCGCAGGAAGAAACCAACAUGAGCAGAGAGUCGAGCCGGCCAAUUGCGGUGGAGGUAGAAGACAGUUUGGACUUCCUGGACCCCUGCGGGGGGGAGCCUCUCCCACUUAGCGUCCAAGACGCCGGCAUGAAGAGGUCAUGAGAACGACGGAGGGUUUUCCGGGCAGCGACUUCCACCCUGCUAAAGAAACUCUGUGAAAAACUGAGGCAGGCACGGAAGUUUGCGAAGGAAAAAAACAAACAAACCUAUUUAGGCAGUCCUCGACUUGGGACCAUUUGUUUACCGACGGCUGACGUCGCAACGGUGCUGAAAAGUGCGACUUAGGACCCGUCCUCACGCUUACGACCGUCUCAGUAUUUCCCGUGGUCACAUGAUCAAAAUUCAGACACUUCGCGAACGACUCACAUUUACGUCGGUCGCAGCGUCCCGGGGGGGGUGGUGUCACGCGAUUUGGCGUUUCGCGACCUUCCCGACGAGCCAAGUCAGCGGGGACGGACGGCGGCUUCGCUUUAACGACCGUGUGACUAACCGAGCAACCGCUGUGAUUCACUUAACGAUGGUGCCG